AUGGCAAAGAAGUCCCGCACCGACACAGCCGCUGCCUCUUCGUCCAGCAGCAGAGCUAAAGAUGCCAAAUCGACCGCUAUCUCGCUAUCGAACGGUUUCGUAGCCGUACCGUUGAAUAUUGUCAAGCAGGAUGUGACGCAUUGGAUCUACGUUCGAAAACACACUGCAGCGAGCGGUUCAGCGUCAUCAUCAUCGAAGAAAGUGGAGGCGUUGCCGGCGGAUAGAACGUUGUUUGUGGCGAAUCUGCCGGUGGAUGCGACGGAGGAAGGGGUGAGGGGGAUGUUUGGCAAGGUCGGGGGUGUUUCGAUGGUCAAAUUUCGACGGCAGAGCGUGGUCGAGGAAGAGGAUGAGAGGGAGGAGAGGGGUGUUGGUGAAGAAUCCGACGAGGAUGUAGAAGGAGAAGAAGAAGAGCAUCAUCAAAUCUCAACGUCCACGGGCAAGAAGGGAAAGAAGAAAGUCACCAAAACCAAAGUACCGCAGAUCAUACCUCUACCGCCCAUGGAUGCACGUCUCGCAACGGGAAACGCUUUGCUCUCCACCGCUUCCUCCGCUCACAUCGUUUUUCUCGACCCUACCUCCCUCCAACGCGCAUUCGAUCUGAUCACCACCAAACCACCCAAAUACACCCCCUCCUCCUCUUCCCCCACCGGUCUCUCCCACCUCCUCUCCACCUACACCCUCUCCCGACCUCCCCUGCCCGACAUCGCCGCCUUCUCCAACUCGGUCAUUUCGCUGUACAACUACCGCCGCGCCCACCCGCUCCCACGCCGCAUCGGCGUGCGCGGCGUCACCCUCGGCCCCUCCGGCGAGCUCCUCGACGAAGACGGCUUUAUCAUCGUCCAACGCACCCCCGGCGGUGGAGGCAAGUACGGUCGUGCAGGAGCACCCGCCGAUGCCGGCGGCAGCGUAGGCGUCGCCAAGCACGGAUUCAAGGAGAACGAUAAGAAAAAGUCAACCGGCUUGGAGGACUUUUAUAGGUUCCAGAUGAGGGAGAGGAAGAGGGAGGAGUUGGCGGGAUUGAGGAGGAGGUUCGAGGAGGAUAAGGCCAAAGUCGAGAGGUUGAAGAGCGGAAGGAGGUUCAAGCCGUAUUAG